GCAAAAACGCCCGCCAACAGCAGAAGCCGCGGUUGCCGAUUUUUGCUUCCGCGUCGACCUCCAUCACCACAUCUCCGCGUCUUGCGUUCUCCGACUCCGGCGAUGCAUUCCUUUCCGCAGCCAGGCUCGGUCACGAUUUGCGAGAUCAAUCGGCAACUGAUUGCGGCUGAGAGUUUAUCGGAUGAGCGAGCCAGGGAGACUUACGGGAAGAUCCUGGGUGCGGUGUUCAGUCCGGUUCCUUUCCAAGCCGAUCAGCUGGUGUCGUCUCCCAACGUGGAGCAGGAAUCAGAGCAUCAGGGGAGAAGUAACGGAGACAGCGUUGGGCGGAAGAUUCUCGGGAAGGCGUUUCAGGGCUUUGUCAACAUGUUUCAGCCAAAUUAUGUAAAUUUGUUACCAGAAGUUGGUCUCCAUGGUGUGUCCUGGCAUCAGCAUAAGCACAUAAUUGCAUUUGUUUCUGGCCAAAACCAAGUCACGGUUUGUGAUUAUGAAGAUAAGGAAGGGAAGGAUUGCAUAUUAAUUUCCGAGUCCCAGAGAGACGUUAAGGUCUUGGAGUGGAGGCCAAAUGGUGGAAAGUCACUUGCCAUCGCUUGCAAGGGCGGAAUCUGUAUAUGGUCUGCAUCAUAUCCAGGAAAUGCUGCAGUUGGCAGAUCUGGCGUUACAUCAUAUCUGGCAACUGUUUCUGGAGGAUCUGGGUAUCAAUGGGCUCUGGUUGAUUUUCUUCGAAGUUCCAAUGAUGAGCACAUUACUUCACUCUCUUGGAGCCCUGAUGGAAGAUAUCCUUCAGAGCCAUCCUAUUUCUUUCUAGUGUUUAUGGCCCUUUAACUUGCAGCCUUAUUUUCUAUGUAUAUGGAUUGUUUCUUUAUCAGUUUGUCAGAUAAUGGGACAAAUCGAUUGUUUCAAUAAUUUAACAGCUGAUAUUCAUGACUGUCAUAUGUAUAUGUUGCUCAAUUGGCUUCUUUAGACGAAGUAUCCUUGACUAUGCUUCACAUUUUUGGCAUCUGCUUCUUAUGAGAGCUCAGCAUUCACCAUCUGGGAUGUUGCACAAGGUAAUGACCUAGGGCUAAAGUCUAACUCUUCUUGGAUACAGUAUGUUGAUAGUGGGUGUUUAUGUACAAAAUAAUGUCAUGUGCACCCAUAAGCAUGCGGAGUUCAUGCAUGGACAUCUGUUGUUUUCAGAACCGUUUAACUUAAAGCCUUGCUAGAUUGUUAAACCCUUGGACCUAAACUAUUCUGUCUCGUUUAGUUGUUUACGGAUUCUUAUGUCUCAAAGAUAGUUGGGGUGAUCAAAUAAUUUUGUCUACUGUGCUAUGUUAGCUGGAAAAUUGUUGGUUCAUUCUGAUGAUGUUUGGCACAUUCAGUCAGGUGCAUUCAGUGUCGAAGUAAAUCUAUUGAUCUAAUUUUCAAUAUUUUAACGCUUUUGUGGGAAAGAAGGCUCGGGGAUUGUUUCUUUUCUGUAGAUGCAUUUCCAUUUAAUCGUCCUCUUUGAUCACAUCGGUGAGUCUGUUUUAUGUUCUGGUAUUACUGGCAGGAUCUGGGACCCCUAUUCGGCGUGGAUUAGGUGGUAUUUCAAUGCUCAAAUGGUCACCUUCUGGAGAUAGCUUUUUCUCCGCCAAAUUGUAUGUCGUAACUCCUUGCUGUUCACUGCUUCAAGAUGAAGCUUUGAUCUACGCUAUAUAUGCUACUGCACAAGCCAUGUUCUAAUCAUCAUCUUUUUUUAGUGAUGGAACAUUUUAUCUAUGGGAGACAAACACUUGGACAUCAGAACAAUGGUCUUCUUCUAGUGGGUUUGUGACAGUAAGUGCAUUAUCAAAGUCUAAAUCUAGUUGACAACAAUCAAUUGAAUCAUCAAUCUUAUGCUACUUGUGUCUGUGCUUCUGAAUAUUGUGCCAGGAAGUGGUUAUCUAGUAUUUCCUUUUUGUUUUCAUAGCCUACUUUUGUCUGUCAUAUGUGACCACAAAAUCUGUGCAAGGAGUCUGACAACGAAUUCAUAUAUACCUUCUGGAACUUGUCUCUUUCUCCUCGCCCCUCUUCGUUUUCUCUCUCUCUCUCUCUUUUUUUUUUUUUUGGGGUGCUCUGUUUAGUUUGAGACUUGUUACUAUUAUAGUAAGAUAAAUGGUAAAUCAGGGCACUGGAUCCUUUGACAUGCUGCUAAGUUUAUCUUAUCUUCAUGAAGUCUCAUACAGGUUCAUUUCCUUAUUUAAAGUGUAUUGUUUUGAUCUCUCGUCCUAUACAUGUGCUACAUCAUCUGAAACCCUUUACAUUUAUCCCCUGUUACGUUUUCCUGGAUUUCUGUGGUGUUUCUCGUGAAUAUGCUUCUUCCUUGUGCCAUCUCAUUUUUAGAAUUUCUCUUCUGAUUGUGCUCAAAUCUGAUCAGCACUGGUUUUGAAUUGUUCAUGGUUUAAAUGCACUAAGCCUAGAGAUUUUGAUUCUUGUAAUCACAGGGAUCACAAUGGGAUCGCGAUGGCCGUAUAGUUCUGCUUGGUUUCUCUGGAUCUUUAACAUUGGGCUCUGUUCACUUUGCAUCAAAGCCUCCCUCUUUGGGUAUGAAGCUUGACCAUUUAAAUUCAUCCUGAGUUGUCUCUGUCCGGAAAAGGCCACCCAAAAUUUUCCCUUUUUAAAAAAUGGUGAACUUAGAAUCUGUAGUACUUGAAUUUUGAACAUCCGGUGAUACUUCCCUUCCUUUUGUUAUCAAACUGGGCUCUGUAACUCCAUAAUAGAAUCUUGAUUUUCUUUUUAAUUGCCCUUGUAGAUGCACAUCUGUUACCUGUUGAGUUGCCGGAGAUAAUGUCACUGACUGGCAGGUAUUGUUGACAAUAAUGUUGUUUCCUUAGACGUAGUAAAGCUAGGAACAUUAAACUUAUGCUAUACUCCAGUGUGUUCUUCUAAGGGCACGUAGCACAAUCAUUACCUGCAUUUUCUCCCAAUUGACUGUUUGUGAGAGGUUCUCAGUUGUGUAAGGAUUAAGGCUACUGAAGUAUUACCUUAGCUUUCAAAAUUUUAUCAUCACUACUUCUGCGUGUUAUCGUACGUUGCAGUCGUGGGAUUGAUAAGGUAGCCUGGGAUGCUUCCUGUGAACGAUUAGCCGUGUCGUGUAAAGGAGGGGAUGAAGCGUACAAUGGCCUGAUUGCCAUAUUCGACACAAGGAGGACUCCUCUUAUCUCUGCAUCUCUAAUGUAUGUUCUGUUUUUCUUCAAUAUCAUCUCUCAUCCUUCAAUACUAUGAAUCUGAUUCGGAAAUUGCAAGAAGUACUUGACAAGAGCUUGUUAUGAUCUUUACCCAGUGGCUUCAUUAGGGGACCUGGAGAAACCCCCAGGCCUCUCACGUUUGCAUUUCACAACAAGUUUAAACAGGGACCAUUGCUUUCUGUGGUACGUCUCUCUAAAUUUCAUCUGAAACAUGUCAUCUUUUCUCAUUAGUUUCUCAUCCGGUCAUUUUUUUUCCUGCAAACUCUCUAUUUGUUUUGCAGUGUUGGAGCAGCGGGUUCUGCUGUACAUACCCUCUGAUCUUCCAUUCUUAGAGGCAACCUUCCCUCAUUGUUAUCCAAGGUAACAAAUCUGGCUAUUAAGAGAUUUAAAGUUUAAACACUUGUGUGAGUUUUCAAACUAACACUAACACUAGCUCUCCUGUUAGUGUCACACUGUUUGUCUCGUUAUCUCCGAGAAUCAUUCAACACCUCCUCCCAUCUUUAGGCAACUUUUCUUUUUGGUAGGUUUGAAACUCGGGGUCAACUCUAGUUGCCAUUUGGGAACACCUCUGUUCAAAGGAUCAAUGGUGUGAAAGGGUGAUGUCUGCAAGUUCUUGGAAGGUUCGACAUGCAUAAGCUCGUACAGAAGAAUCAGAUCAGAUCAAUGGCUCAUUAAUACAAUCCUGGUGGUGGUGAUUAGGUGCGAAUCAACGAGUUCUGUUUCUCUCUACGUUUCGACCAAAAGGUUUGGAUUGGCUUUCUAUGUGAGAGUUUGCGAACUGAGAGCGGCCCUCGAGAGGGAUGUUUUCGGAGCCUAUUGAUGGACCAAGGUUGCUCCAAAACCAGCCUCAGAUUGUGAGAGAUGCUUUAGUUAGGAAAGUCCAAACUAGUCAAGGAAAUCGUUGUCUCUCCCUUGUCAUAUAUUCCUUUCUCUAUGGAAGGUUCAAAAAAUCAAAACAUAGCUUUCAAGACCCUUCACAGAUUAGUUGUUUUCUUCUUCAUAGAAUCCCUGCAAAGCAAAUGUGGAUCUCCAGAAAUGGACGGCUAGAGCCUAGAAGUGAGAACUGUCACUUGGAGGCGUCAAAGCAAAUCAUGGUCGGCCUCUCUUCCUUUUGACAUUUGGAGCCCGUUUCUCCACCCAUAGGAGAAUCGAUUCCAGUCGACGUUUUGGCAGAAGGUUCGAAACGUUUUUCAUCCACCCAAGUAAUGUACAAUUCUCAAGCUAAAAAUCGUAUCUUCUUGCGUAUCUAUUCUCUUUCUAGUCACACACCAGAAUAAACGAACUAGAAUUAUGUUAUCUCGUAAUUUAUUCCAACCAAAUUCGACUUGCCUUUAAUCGAACAUCAAUCAUCGUACUGUACGAUACAAAGAAUGACCAACCCUCUAAUAACAAACCACCCUCAUAGACGCGUGAGUGUAACUGAAAGUCCAUUGAGUGGUGCCCUCCACGUUUCAUCCUUCGUUGGUAGCACUAACUAUCAAGCUUGAUGUUUUGGGUUUGUUCCAAAUUCAUCCAAAAAAGAGAAUCAUUAGUAGGAAUAGUGUAAAUACAUGUAGAUUUUUUUAUUAUUAUAUGGAAAUGAAAUUAUCUGUAAAGACAAAGGGGAAAGAAACAAGUGCCGGAUUAUGAUAACUUCUGUUGUAUUGUUGAUACAAACUAAAAACAAGGGAAGAAGAAGAGUAAUAAAUAAUAUAACACUAAUAUGAGAUAAAUGAAAAUUUGGGAAUUAGUGAGGAAAACGGGAAUAAAAUUUGACCACUUUC